AUGGGUAUGAAAAAAGAUAAAGUUCAAAAACCUCGAGGACGUUAUUUAAAAAAAGAAUGUGUUACUGAUGAUACUAUUAGUAAUAAAAGUGAUGAUUCUUUUUUAUCAUUUACAACAAAUUCUAUUAUAUCUAAAAUUAGUAGUAAUAAUAAUAAUAAUUUGAUAAAUGAAAAUAAUUAUACUUCUGAGGCUUUGGUUGAACAAUUUAUUUUUAUGGAAAAAAUGACUGAAAAAAGGAGAAAAAUUUUAACAGGUUCUAAUCCAUUACUUAUUCUUCGUGAUUCAAUACAAGAAUAUCAAAUUGAUAAAAGUUAUAAAAUGGUACCAUUUAAUUUUAAACAAUUUAAUGAAUGUAUUCGUGGUGUUUGUUUAUUAUCAUUUGACUACCUAACAUCAAUGCCAUUUUAUAACUUAUUUAAUGAAGAAGAUAAAUAUACAUUAUUUAGGGGAAUCUUUUUUUUAACAUGUAUUCUUGAUUCAUCAUUUUUUACUUAUAAAUCAGGUUUAUAUAAACAAGGAUAUUAUGCUGGUAUUGAAGGAAUGAUAUCAUCAAUCUAUGAUGAUAAUUAUGGAUGGGAAACUGAAGGUAAUAUAACAAAAGAAAUGAAAUUAGCACUUUUAAAACCAAUAUAUAAAAAUAUUUUUGAAUCUCUUAUUAUUCCAAUGUCAAAUCUUGAAAUGAAACCAUGGGAAUUUGCUACAUUUAAAGGUAUGGCUAUAUGGAGUAUCUGUUCACCAGAAUUAACAAUUGAAGGAAGAGAAAGAGUUAAAAAAAUGGAAAGUCUUAUUAUUAGUGGAUUAUCACAAAAAUAUGAUAAUGAUGAUGAAAUCAGUUUAAGAUUAGGACAAAUAAUUUUAUUAAUGACAAAUUUACAUGUAAUUGUCUGUAAUACAGUUGAAUUUUUUACAAGAAUUGAUGUUUUUAAUUUAAUUGAAUUAGAUGAUGUAAUUAAAGCUCUCCUUAAUAGAAGAUCUUUGUGUGAUUUAGAUAAGUAA